GGUUCAGUUAGCCAAGGUGGAGGAUGGGAAAAGAAUGGAGCUGUCCCAGCUACUCAAUGAGAUCAGGGCAAACUAUGAAAAGCUCCUCACCAGAAAUCAGAUAGAGACCGUGCUUUCAACAAGGAUCCAGCUAGAAGAAGAUCUAAGCAAAAAAAUGGACAAAGAUGAAGAGGCUUUAAAGGCGGCUCAGGCAGAGCUCAAGGAAGCCCGGCGCCAGUGGCACCACCUGCAAGUGGAAAUUGAAUCUCUCCAUGCUGUGGAAAGGGGCCUUGAAAACUCCCUCCAUGCCAGCGAACAACAUUACCAGAUGCAGCUUCAAGACCUAGAGGCAGUGAUUGAAGGACUAGAAAAAGAGCUACAAGAAGUAAGACGUGGCAUCGAGAAGCAGCUUCAAGAGCAUGAGAUGCUUCUCAACACGAAGAUGCGGCUAGAACAAGAAAUCGCAACUUAUCGCCGCCUCUUAGAAAAGGAAGAAAUCAGAUAUUAUGGUUGUAUCCAAGGUGGGAAAAAAGAACAAAAACCUACCACAAGUAGAGUUGGGUUUGUGUUACCUUCAGCCAUUAUAAAUGAAAUAUCUUUUUCAACAAAAGUCCCACAAAAGUAUGAGAAUGAAAAAGUAGAAACGGUGACCAAACAGGCAAUAUUAAAUGGAAGUAUCGUGAAAGAAAGCACUGAAGCUCACGGCACUAUUCAGACAGAGAGAGUGGAUGAAGUUAUUAAAGAAUGGGAAGGUUCCUUCUUUAAAGAUAACCCUCGAUUAAGGAAAAAAUCUGUUUCUCUUCGCUUUGAUCUUCAUCUAGCCGCCACUGAUGAAGGGUGUUUACAGACUAAGCAGGAUAAUCUACCAGAUAUAGAAGUCAGGCUUAUCAUGAGAAGAUCAUGCAGUAUCCCCUCUAUCAAACCUCCAUCAGCAGCUAAUUAAUCCAAAGACAGUAUUUGGCUUGAUGUGAAAAUGCCAUUAGGAUGGACCAAGGUGGGAGGCCACGCUGACCACCUUCUGUCCCAAAACGUAAGUGAUGAAGUAUGUUCUGACCAAUAUGUGACUCUCUUUGGAAAAAAAAAAAAAGAUGGAGGUACAAAAUUUCUCUGACCCUAGGUAUAAGCUGUUGGGGGUGUUUUUGGACAGGGGGAGCUUAAAGUCGGAAAGGUAAAACAGUUUCCAUUUUAUUUUUUAAAAAUACAGUCUUUUUUUCCCUAGAAAUUUUUAUCAGAGACUGGAGGCAUUAAAAUGGUUUGCUUAAGUCUUUGAAAUUGUACUCGAUGGCUGAACACUCAAAGAGAAAAGGAAGAGUCUGUUUACUUCUGAUUGUACCAUGUAAAGAACCACACUACGUUAUUCAUCAUUAGUCCAUGACUGAUUAUAUCUAAAAAGACUUUUCUACUUAAAAAGGAAAGCAAUCAUAAAUGAAUUUUUAAAGAGGACUCACUAUUCCCUUGACCAAAUGUUUUCCACUGGGGACGAUAAUUUGCACCCAUAGAAAAAUAAGUGACUUUCCACUGAGAUAUUUUGAGCGAACUAUAGAACAUACCCCAGGGCUAAAGUGAUGAUUGAACGAAUCAUCACCUAAUAGUUUUUUGUAAUCAUUACCUGAUAUCCAGAAGAGUUACUUUAUUCAAAGAACUUUAAAGGUUGUGUCCUCCCCCACAGAAAAUCAGAAGGCCGGCUGCAAAAACAAAACAUGAAAGCUAGUUACUGCAAUUACUAGAUCAGAGUUAUCCAAACUCUCACCAUCCCAACUUUUCCAUCUGUAAAGUUAAAUGUGAUUAAUUUGUCUUUGAUGCGAGCAUUAGAU